CCCACCUCUUUCUGUAAUGCCUGUUCCUGACCUUAGCAUUCCCUGCUAAUCCCCAUCCUGACCCUCUCUCAUGACCAGCUGCAGAAAGGAAAGAAAAUCCUUUCACUUCAAAAUGACAUCUGGAGAAGCGAAGACAAGCCUCAAGAAUGUCUACCCAUCUGCCAAGAAGCUGUCCCUGAAGGCGGAGGAGGAGAGGGAGACAGAGGACUACUGCACCCCUGGAGCCUUCGAGCUGGAGCGGCUCUUCUGGAAGGGCAGCCCCCAGUACACCCAUGUCAACGAGGUCUGGCCCAGGCUCUACAUUGGCGACGAGGCGACGGCGCUGGACCGCUACGGGCUGCAGAAGGCGGGCUUCACGCACGUGCUGAACGCGGCCCACGGCCGCUGGAACGUGGACACCGGGCCCGAAUACUACCGCGACAUGCCCAUCGAGUACCACGGCGUCGAGGCCGACGACGUGCCCACCUUUGACCUCAGCGUCUUCUUCUACUCCGCGGCUGCCUUCGUCGACUCGGCUCUCCAAGACGAUCGCAAUAAGAUCCUGGUUCACUGUGCCAUGGGCCGGAGCAGGUCGGCGACCCUGGUCCUGGCCUACCUGAUGAUCCACAGGAACAUGACUCUGGUGGAUGCUGUCCAACAAGUGGCCAAGAAUCGCUGCGUCCUACCCAACCGGGGUUUUCUGAAGCAACUUCGAGAACUGGACAAGCAGCUGGUUCAGCAGAGGCGACAGACCCGGCGUGGGGACUGCCAGGGGGAGCCAUAGGACCCUCUUCACCGCCAAGCAUAGACUCUUGGGAUGGAGAAAAAAAGCUGAAAUGGCGCUGCCCCAUGACUUUGGUCACAGAGAAGGGACAGCAAAACCAAAGCUUGACUUCUUCCUAAUAAUCUUAUUAAACUUCCCAGUGUGUGCUGGGAGCGGGGAGGCUUCAGAGCCGCCUCCAGGCGGAGUCCAGGCCUCAGCCCCGUGGGGGGAGACUGGCGCCCGGCUCAAUUGGUUACAGAUGAGAGCACCGUUCUGCAGUCUCCUGUAAUUUUUUCUCCCUCUUCUUUUUUUAAAGAUGGAAACAGAAAAGGAUUUAAAAAUGUGUGGGAAUUGUGUUGUGAUUAAAUGUUUGGCUUUGUCUGAAAGUCACAUUCUUAUAAAAAAAUAAUUUAAAAAUAGAACUUGAUUUUCUAUAAACACAGAAAAUUCCUGUGCAGCUGUGUUACAGGAGAGCUUUCACAGGUAUCAGGGCCUCCGGAGGCCACCCCGCAUUCUUUACCCAUGGAAUCCCCAAGUCACCAUUCACGGAUGCUGCUGGCCUGGCAGGGGUGGGGAGUAGGGUCCUGAGCCCCUUAGAAGCCCCUGCCCUUGGCUUCUUGCCUGCCUUAGGGAGCCAGGGCUCUUCUGAAUGGUGGCCAGAGCUGCCACUACUCAGACAAAUUCAAUAAAUUGUGGCAAAUUUGGACAAGCAAGAGUUUGGCUUUAUAAUUUUGCACAAAGAGGGAAAGGAGGAGACACCCUUCAGCAGACCAGGACUGUGCCUCUAGCCAGAGCAGCUGGGGCUGGUUUGUUUUC